AUGAGUCUGUUUGACCCGUUAGGUCUCGUCGCAUCCUUUGUCAUCGAAGGGAAAGUCAUCAUCCAGGAGGUUUGGAGAUCGAAAGUCGGCUGGGAUGAGCAAAUUCCCGGCGAAAUACUUCCACGUUGGCAGCAAUGGUUGGAGAUACUUCGGUCGCUGGACAAAGUGAAGAUCCCGCGGUGCUAUUUUCCCGGAUACAGCCAAGAAGCCUACGAAUCAUUAGAGUUGCACGUGUUCGUAGACGCAAGCGAAAGCGCGUUCGCGGCCGCUGCUUACUUCAGAGUUGUGGACAACGGAACAAUCCGGUGCUGUUUGGUUAGCGCAAAGACCAAGGUAGCUCCUUUGCAAUCGAUUGGGAUACCUCGUCUGGAACUUCAGGCAGCAACGAUUGGAACACGACUGAUGAAGACUGUCACCGAAAAUCACACCAUUCCGAUCAAGCGAAGGGUGAUGUGGAGCGAUUCCAAAACGGUACUCGCCUGGCUUCGAUCAGACCAUAGGAGAUAUCGGCAGUUUGUAGCAUUCCGGAUUACGGAGAUCCUCGAAGAUACGAACGUUGCAGAUUGGAGAUGGGUGCCAACCAAGCUAAACGUGGCGGACGAAGCCACAAAAUGGGGAAAGGGUCCCAACUACCACGAGAACUGCAGGUGGUUCAACGGUCCUGCAUUCCUAUACGAGGACGAGAAUAAAUGGCCUGAAGAAGAUUCGGCGCAGGAGGAGCAUUCGGCUGAAGAGCUGCGGAACGUCCGUAUUCAUGUUCAGCACACGGCUGAACCCGUUGUACCGUUCCAGCGGUUUUCCAAAUGGGAGAGGCUGGUGAGAGCAAUCGCAUAUGUACGCCGUUUCUACCAGAAUUGUCAACACAAAAGGAAUGGCUCGGCGAUCACCACGGGAUUUCUAUCAUGCGAAGAGCUGAAUGCAGCAGAGUAUCUAGUAUGGAAGCUAGUGCAAGAAGAAGUAUUCCCAGCGGAAUUCGACGUUCUACGGAGCAACCUGCACGAGCCAUCGGGUCAACGGGAAGCAGUAGAAAAGAGCAGCAGCAUCUACAAGCUGGUGCCAUUCCUGGGCGAAGGAGAAGUAAUACGGAAGGACAGUCGAAUCAAAGCCUCACCUUACGUUUCGUACAACACGAAAUUUCCAAUCAUCGUACCCAAGCAACACUACGUGACGGAUCUCCUGGUCAACUGGUAUCACCGGCAAUACGGUCACGCAAACGGAGAAACGGUGGUGAACGAAAUUCGGCAGAAGUACCACAUACCGAAGCUUCGAGUUAUCGUACGGAAGAUUGCGAAAUGCUGCACCUGGUGUUCGGUGUACCGAUGUGUACCACAAGUACCGAGAAUGGGUCCAUUACCGAUAGCACGGCUCACGCCAUACGUACGAGCUUUCACGUUUGUAGGUCUGGAUUACUUUGGACCCCUUACUGUUCGCGUCGGACGGGCCAGUGCAAAGCGAUGGGUAGCCCUGUUCACUUGCCUGACUACUAGGGCAAUACAUCUGGAAGUGGCGACGUCGUUGUCAACCGAGUCUUGCAUUCAGGCAAUUCGUAGGUUCAUCGCUCGUAGAGGAGCUCCCCAGGAGGUGUACUCCGACCAAGGAACCAAUUUUCAAGGCGUGAGCAGCGAACUUGCCAGACAAAUACGGUCGAUCAACGGAACACUGGCGGCUACCAUCACCAACUACCGAACCCAGUGGAAGUUUAACCCACCGUAUGCUCCUCACAUGGGGGGCGUAUGGGAGCGGCUUGUACGCUCCGUAAAGCGUGCUCUCAGCUGUCUUUUGACCGAUCGCAAUCCAGACGAUGAGACGUUGGCUACAGCACUUGCGGAGGUAGAAUCGUUGGUCAAUUCGCGCCCUCUGACUUAUCUACCGCUAGAGAGCGAGGAGCACGAAGCCUUGACGCCGAACCAUUUUUUGCUCCUAAGCUCCAGCGGAGUAGUUCAGCCAGCCACGAAGCCGACGCAUGAUGCAGAAGCCCUGCGUUCCAAUUGGGGCAUGAUCAAGGUUAUGCUCGACAACUUCUGGAGAAGGUGGCUCCGAGAGUAUCUCCCGGUUAUGUCACCGCAGUCCAAAUGGUUCGGAGAGGUGCGGAAUGUCCAGGUCGGUGAUCUGGUGAUGAUUGCCAACGAGAAGGAGAGGAACAGCUGGACACGCGGAAGAAUCCGUCAAGUAUACCCAGGAAGGGAUGGGCGAGUCCGCAGAGUCGACGUGCAGACUACAGCGGGUAUCCAGCAACGUCCAGUGUCUAAGAUAGCAGUACUCAAUGUCGCUGAAGAUGUUGGUAUAGCUGAAGGUUCUGGCAGCAAUACGGUCGGGGGUAUGUGCGCGACGUAA